CGCCAGGUCCUCAACCCACUGAGCAAGGGCAGGGAUCGAACCUGCAACCUCAUGGUUCCUAGUCGGAUUCAUUAACCACUGCGCCACGACGGCAACUCCUAGUCCGUGCACUUUUAACUGGAGUUAGCGUGGACCCCACAAGACUGUCUCCCACUUCGGACACCAAUCACUAGCAGUAGGUCCCCAGGUUACCCACAACUUCUGUCUGAUCUAUCACAGAUUAGACGUUCCUACAGACAGACUCCUCCUCAGGUUCAAGAAUUUGCUAGAGGGGCUCAGAGAACCCAGGAAACAGUUGAGUCAUUGCAGAUUUAUUACAAUGGAUAUUUUAAAGGAAGCAGAUCAACAACCGGAGGAGGAGACAGACACAGGACAAAGUCUGGAGAGAGCUCAAGAGCGGAAGCAUCUGUCUCCAUGGAGUCUGGGGUGCACCACCCUCUGGGCACAUGACUAUGUUCGCCAACCCGGAAGCUCUCUGAACCCCGCAUGUUACCCGGGAGCCUUCAUCACCAGAGACAUGAUUGUCUCUUCUCUCCAGGGGAGGGGGGAUAGGGCUGGAGGUUCCAUGACUCCGAUCAUGGCUUGGUUUUUUCAGACCAGCCCCAUCCAGAAGCUCAUCAAGAGUCACCCCUUUAGAACACAUGAUGUUCCUAUCAACCAGGAAAUUCCAAGAUUUUCUGGAGCUCUGUGUCAGGAACUGGGGUCCAAGACCAAAUAUUAGAAGGAACCAGGAACAGGGACCCCUGCUUAUCAUAAAGACGGAAUUUUUGCCUACAAAAUAUCGAGGCUAUAUGCUCCCCUUGUCUCAGGUGUUCUGGCUGGCGGGCUCCCUGCUCAUCAUCGGCCUCGCCUCGGUGGUCAUCCCCACCAUCGGGUGGCGCUGGCUCAUCCGCAUCGCCUCCAUCCCCGGCAUCGUCCUCAUCAUGGCCUUCAAGUUUAUUCCUGAAUCUGCUCGGUUCAAUGUCUCCACCGGGAACACUCAGGCUGCCCUGGCCACGCUGGAGCGUAUCGCCAAGAUGAACCGCUCAGUCAUGCCCGAGGGGAAGCUGGUGGAGCCCAUCCUGGAAAAAAGAGGAAGAUUUGCAGACCUGUUGGAUGCUAAAUAUUUACGGACCACAUUGCAGAUCUGGGUCAUAUGGCUGGGCAUCUCAUUCGCCUACUACGGCGUCAUCCUGGCCAGCGCCGAGCUGCUAGAGCGGGACCUGGUCUGCGGCUCAAGGUCCGAGUCUGAGGUGGUGGUGACCGAGGGCAUCUCGGAGGAGAGCCAGAGCCCCUGCCACUGCCACAUGUUUGCCCCCUCCGACUACCAAACCAUGAUCAUCAGCACCAUUGGCGAAAUUGCUCUGAAUCCUUUAAAUAUCCUGGGCAUUAAUUUCCUGGGAAGACGGCUGAGCCUUUCCAUUACCAUGGGAUGUACAGCUUUAUUCUUCCUUCUCCUCAAUAUUUGCACUUCAAGUGCUGGCCUCAUCGGCUUCCUCUUCAUGCUGAGGGCUUUGGUGGCAGCCAACUUCAACACCAUCUACAUCUACACCGCGGAGGUCUACCCCACGACGAUGCGCGCUUUGGGGAUGGGGACCAGCGGCUCCCUGUGUCGCAUUGGUGCAAUGGUGGCGCCAUUUAUAUCCCAGGUUCUUAUGAGUGCGUCGUUCCUGGGGGCCCUGUGUCUUUUCUCAUCUGUCUGUAUUGUGUGUGCCAUUUCUGCAUUUACUCUGCCCAUUGAGACCAAAGGACGGGCCUUACAACAAAUUAAAUGAAGACCUGCAAACCUACAUCUACCAGAGAAGAAAAAUGCAUUUUUAUCUUCACAGAGAGCUGAAGAGCAUUUUUUUAAACCUGAUUUAAUUUCUGUAUGCUAUUCGUUAAUUAAGAAAUUAUGUAUUUUUGAGACAUCAGACGUGAGAAUAGAAUAAGUUAGUUAAUAAUUAAGGUUGGAAGGGUGUAUCUGGUAGAUGGGUGGAGGGUGGCUUUUUCUGAAAUUUGUUAAUGUUUAUACAAAUAGCAAAUCUCAGACAAAACAUAUUUGACAUUCUCCCAUGAGGUUUAUAGCACAACUUGGACUGAAAAUUUGCAGCUAAGACAUGAAUUGAGGUGGUAUUAUUAAACGUUUCAAAACAAACAGAAAUCAUCAAAUUCACAAUUAAAGUUAGCAUAAAUUGCAACCUCCAUAGUUUAAGCGUUUUUCAUUAAUAUUCAUAAAAUAAUAUGCUUAAAUUCAUUUGAGUCUUGUAUGUAAUAACCAUAGAAAGUGAGAAUA